GAUGAGUACAGCAUCCUGCCCCACUCCUUCAUCGCUGGCAUCCACGGCUACGUCCUGGUGUACCCGGGGACAUCCCUGCGGAGCUUCCAGGUGGUGAAGACCCUUUACAACAAGCUCUGUGAAAGCUGGGGGAAGACGAGUAUGCCUGUAGUGCUGGUGGGGAACAAGGCAGACCUGUCCCUGCAGAGCCGGGAGGUGAAGAUGGAUGAAGGGAAGAAGCUGGCGGAGUCAUGGGGGGCAAUAUUCCUCGAGUCCUCGGCCAAGGAGAGCCAGGUGACCCAGGGGAUCUUCAUGAAGAUCAUUGAGGAGAUCGACCGGGUGGACAACUCCUAUGGCAGAUCCACCGGCUGCCAACUGAUGUGGCCCACCCUGUGGAGAUUAAGGACACGGACUCUGGUCGAUGAGUGGUGGAUCAGCUUGUUGCUGUACAGGAGCUACAAAACCAAGGAGACAGGGUGGCGAAGUGUGAACCGGCAGAUCUAUGAGAGGAGCCGUGGGGGAGGACUGGUGCUGUUGUGA